GGAAGAUCGCGGGAGACGAGGCUGGCAGAAAUUGUUGACGCCUCGUGCUUCAACCGCGCAUCAUCUCCGACCUGGGCAACAAUUUCUAGAUGAACGCGAACAACCAACCAAAACUCCAAACGUAUUCACAAAAAGCCGCGUAGCUGCACCGCAACCGCGAGUUUAUGGUUUAUGAAAUGGACCAGUAAUUCGAUAUACUACAACCUCCAAUUUGCACACAAAUCCAACGCGACCGCCUCCCUGAGCCUGGACAAUGGCAUCUAAUAACAGAACCUCAACCUAUACCCAAGCAUCCAGCGAUCAUGACCGACCAAAAACCCCGGAUGCCAAUAUGUGGUAUUCCCUCCUGGAUGGGGUGGCCAGUGGGAAAAGAUUACCAGAGAAGAAUCUGAUAGUUCUGGGUAAGUUUCUUGGGUCCUAAACGGCAAAUCGCAUGGCUAAUGGAGGGGUUAGGAGGGACUAUGGAAACGCAGAGAGAGUUUCUGGAAACUUUGGUGGAAGGAGAUGAUACGAGGAAGAAUACGGAUCGACAUAGUACCAAACAACCUCCUAUAGCUAAUAAUUUUGCUUUGGGGUAUACAUACCAUGAUGUCCUAGAUGCCGAUCAUGAGGGUACCGGUUUCCAAGACGUUUUCGAAAAAUAUAGCUAAUAGUUCUGGGUAGAUACUCUGGCUCGACUUUCCCUAUACCUCCUUGCAGAUCCAUCUCCAUCUUUCACGCCUCUGUUACGGCCUCUUUUAACGCCCGAAUCCAUUCCCAAUACUCUAAUUGUUAUACUUCUAGAUUGGUCGGAGCCAUGGUUCUGGCUGAGGCAAUUACGGGAUUGGGUGCAGCUCUUACGGACGCUGUUAGUUUCUCUGGACGAUAGAUGCAAACAGAAAAUGGAAGAGGUUAUGAUAGGUUGGCGGGAUAGAGGGCGUGGUGGGAAUAGUUUGGAUGGUGUAGCCUCGACUACCACGACGGAAAACGAUGUCAGCUUGCCUUUAGGACCUGGGGAAUGGGAAGAAGCUCUGGGAUUGCCGUUAUGUGUUGUGUGCCAGAAUGUGAGAGUUUUCGAUUACAUCACAUGAGAUACUCGUGGAUUGCUAACUCAUGGUUUAGUCUGAUCAAAUCGAAAAUUUGGAAAAGCAGCGGUCGUGGAGAGAAGAGGAGUUCGACUUCAUUUUACAGUUUCUACGAACGAUUUUACUCAAACGUAGGUCCAAAUUCUUGUGUGUUGUGGAAAACACAGCUGAUCAGAAACAGAUGGCGCUUCUCUUAUAUACACAACCCCAUCUGUAACCAGUCCAUUACAAAGUCUCGUCCACUCAUCUCUAGGAAUCCAUUCUCUAUUAAAACGGCAGCCUCUCAAACACAAUGUAAUUGAUCGCGACAAGGUCCUUGUCCCUCCGAAUUGGGAUUCAUGGGGAAAGAUCAGAUUACUUCGAGAUGGUUUCGAUAUUGAUGCCAUUAACCAAGCAUGGUCUGUUGACAUUGAAGAAUCACUUGACCUGGUGGCGGAUGGCGAAGAGAGCGACCAUACCGAGAAACCUAAUGUACCUGGUGGAGCAGUUGCAAAUUUUGAAGAGCAAAUUCGUGACCCUCGACUAGACGCUCUCCAAGCCGCAUCUGCAGAACACAACGGUCUCAAACUCGAAGUUUCCAGUCAAGAAUCUCAAGCAUUCUUAGCCCAUCAACUUGAGACCCUCACCAGAAUUGGAAAUGACACUUCUGGUAUGGAUACCAGCCGGUUGGCCGGUAGAAGAAAUCGGUCCUCGUCUACUGAACAAGGCGAUGAGCCCCAAUCUGAGGAAGGUCGUGUUAGUGAACACAUUGGUCCUGUGCAGUUCAAUAUGGGUGGUAUCCAAGUUGACGCCGAUGAUAUGCUACAAAAACUAAAGGUAUUUUUUCCACUGCAUCUCUACUAUUGAACAAGCACUGACAAUGAAACCAGGACCGCCAAAACUAUGCAAUGAGCCCAGAACCCGGCUCACCAGGCCAACCGGGCGAUGGAAAGAUGCAAAACGAAGCCCUCGCAUCAUUUUUCACGGGACUUCUGAAGAGAGGCGGGAAUAGCGCGGCUGGUAGUCCCAAACCUGGAUCUUCAUCGUAACCUCGUCGUUGAAUGUAGCAAAGUGGUUGUCACACGAUGGCUUGCUUGUGGAGAUGUUUAUAGACUUUGACUGAUUGAUUCGGAGUUUUGGGGACUUGGUAUCUGCAUCAUUCAUCUCUUAUCUCGAGGGGGGAGAGAGAAGAAGAGGAACUUGCAUGGAUAGAGAGAGCUUCGUUUUGGGGAGGUUUUUUUUUAUGAUGCUACCUGUUCUUCUGAUACCUUUAUUGGUCCCCCCACCCUUGUAU